AUGAAUGUUCGAAAGACAAUCUCAGGCAUUGCCCUGGCUCUUAUCUGGGCUAGCGCUGCCCAAGCGGAUCCUAUACCACUCCUAAAGCCAGAAUCCAUCGCCACAGCUGGCGUCCUUCAAGCUAGGCAAACUAUCACCCCUGGUGGUUCUCCUUGUGGCGAACAUGGCCCAACGAACCGCCGGUGUUGGAAGAACAACUGGAACAUCAGCACAGAUUAUGAGGGCGUGAUCCCGACGGGAACCACUCGGACAUUUGACUUAUACAUCACCAAUGUAACCUCAUAUGCUGGGGCUGAUGGUGUCGCCAAGCCGGUCAUGCUGAUUAAUGGGGCUUUCCCCGGUCCAGCCAUACAAUGCGAUUGGGGUGAUUGGCUGGAACUUCGCGUUCACAAUCAGCUUCGAGACAAUGGUACCGGCAUUCAUUGGCAUGGGAUGCACCAGCUCAACAGUAACAAUCAGGAUGGCGCAAACGGAGUGACCGAGUGUCCUAUUCCCCCAGGAAGUAGCCGAAGCUACACUUUCAGGGCCGUAAACUAUGGCUCCAGCUGGUUUCACAGUCAUUUUUCAACGCAAUAUGGCAAUGGCAUCGUGGGAUCAGUCAUCCUCCACGGACCUGCCAGUGCUGAUUACGACGUUGACCUCGGACCAUACAUAAUCACGGACUGGUAUCACGAAACAGCAGACAGGUUGCAGCUUAGGGCGGAGACGGGCGGCCCUCCAGUAGCUAACAACAUAGUCUUUAACGGCACAAACAUCAACCCCAAAGGCAGUGGAGGCCGUUAUAACCGCGUCAAGCUGACCAGGGGCAAGAAGCAUCGACUGAGAAUCAUCAACACGUCUGUAGACGUCGGUUUCACUGUCUCGCUUGUUGGCCACAACUUUACGGUCAUUGCUACUGACCUUGUCCCUGUCGAGCCUAUCAUCAAAUCCCAGCUAUUCCUCGGGGUCGGUCAGCGGUACGAUGUGAUAAUCGAGGCAAACCAAGCUGUUGCGAAUUACUGGUUCAACGCUACACUGGGAGGGGGUGGUCGCUGCGGUACUACCGACAAUCCGUUCCCUGCAUCUAUUUUCGAGUAUGAGGGAGCCCCCAGCAAUGCUAAUCCCACAAACCGUGGAACACCCAUCACUGCCGACUGCCGUGAUUCUACUGGCUUUGCGCCUGUGGUGAAGCGUGUAGCCCCGAGAGACCAGUUCGCCGCGCAAUUCAAGGAGUUGCCCGUCGACGUGACGCAAGUCCUCACAACCCGCGGUACUGUUUUCCAUUGGCUGGUUAACGGAUCUGCCAUUGACGUCGAGUGGGACAAGCCCAUCCUCCAAUACAUUGCGGAGAAGAACACGUCCUGGCCGCGCUCUGCAAACGUCGUGAGCAUGCCCAAACGCAACGUGUGGACUUUUUGGGUCAUCAACAACCUCCGGGCCGGGCUUCCGCAUCCUAUCCACCUCCACGGGCACGACCUACUGCUGCUGGGAACAGGUGAGAGCGGCACUUUUGACGCGACACGGGACAUUGGUUUACUCAACUUCAACAACCCUGUCCGGAGGGACGUGGCGAUGCUGCCUGGCGGGUGGAUGGUGCUUGGGUUUGAGACCAAGAACCCUGGUGCAUGGCUGAUGCACUGCCAUAUCGGCUGGCACGUCAGUCAGGGCCUCAGCGUUCAGUUCCUCGAGCUUCCGGAUGAGAUACCCAAUGUUAUGAAGCUUGACCAGGUACAGCCUACAUGUGAAGCAUGGAGGCGUUACUGGCCCACUGCUGUUUAUCCGAAGUUGGACUCGGGUUUGAGGAGGUAA